AUGAGUGAAAUUGAGGCUCAAGAAGAAUCCAUCAAAGUUGUCUGUACUGGAAACACUUUGGAAUCUUCAAGUGAAGAAACACACAAUAAAAAGGAAGAGCGAAGAUACAGUUUGAGAAAUAAAGAGAGAAAGAUUUACACUGAAGAAAGGGAACUUUGUGAUGAUGAUUUUCUGUUUUGCGAAGAUUGCGAGACAUUUUUUGUUGAAGAGUGUCCUGUGCAUGGUCCUCCAGUGUUCAUAAAGGACACAGUUGUUGAAUUCAAUCAACCAGAUCGAGCACGUUUAACUCUUCCAGAGGGCCUCAGCAUUGCGAUAUCCAAAAUUCGAAAGGCUGGUCUUGGUGUGUGGAAUGAAGGAAAGGCUAUUCCUAAAGGAGUUCAUUAUGGACCCUAUGAAGGAGUCACAUCAACUGAAGAAUCAUCUGCUGUCAGUGGCUAUUCAUGGGUGAUCAGUAAAGGAAAGCAAGAUUUUGAAUACAUUGAUGCAAAGGAUGAAUCUAAAUCAAAUUGGAUGAGAUUUGUUAACUGUGCCAGAAAGGAAGAGGAGCAGAACUUUGUAGCCUUUCAGCACCAUGGCAAAAUUUAUUACAGAACCUGCAAGCGUGUUCCUCCUCGGUGCGAGCUGCUGGUCUGGUAUGGUGAGGAAUAUGCCAAAGAACUUGGAAUCAAAUGGACAGCAAUGUGGAUGAUGAAACAAAAUCCAAAAGGACAGUCUACUCCUUUCAGUAAAAAUGAUCGUAUACAUCAACAAAAUCAGGAGGGAUUAUUUACAGAAUCCAUCCAGAAUAGAGAAUUUACUAAAUCAGAUGAAAAUCACUUGCAGCAGGAAAUCCACAAAGGAGAACGACUGCACACAUGUACUGACUAUGGUAAGAGUUUCCCAUUGUCUGGGAUCGACCAGCGGCCUCACACAGGAGAGAGGUUACAUAAAUGUCCUGGCUGUGGAAAGAGUUUCACAUGGUCUGGGAACCUCCAUUCUCACCAGCGGACCCACACUGGAAAGAGGCCGUAUAAAUGUCCUGACUGUGGAAAGAAUUUCAAAUGGUCUGGGAACCUCCAUUGUCACCAGCGGACCCACACAGGAGAAAGGCCGUAUAAAUGUACUGACUGUGGAAAGAGUUUCACACGGUCUGGGCACCUCCAUUCUCACCAGCGGACCCACACAGGAGAGAGGCCGUAUAAAUGUACUGACUGUGGAAAGAGUUUCACACAGGCUGGGCACCUCCAUUCUCACCAGCGGACCCACACAGGAGAGAGGCCGUAUAAAUGUCCUGACUGUGGAAAGAAUUUCACACGGGCUGGGAACCUUCAUUCUCACCAGCGGACCCACACAGGAGAGAGGCCGUAUAAAUGUACUGACUGUGGAAAGAGUUUCACACGAUCUGAUAGUCUCCAUUCUCACCAGUGGACCCACACAGGAGAGAGACCGUAUAAAUGUCCUGACUGUGGAAAGAGUUUCACACAGGCUGGGCACCUCCAUUCUCACCAGCGGACCCACACAGGAGAGAGGCCGUAUAAAUGUACUGACUGUGGAAAGAGUUUCACACAGGCUGGGCACCUCCAUUCUCACCAGCGGACCCACACAGGAGAGAGGCCGUAUAAAUGUACUGACUGUGGAAAGAGUUUCACACAGGCUGGGAGCCUCCAUUGUCACCAGCGGACCCACACCGGAGAGAGGCCGUAUAAAUGUCCUGACUGUGGGGAGACCUUUGUUUAUCCCUACCACUUGAAAGCUCACACUUGUUUUAAAACCUGCCAACAUUGUGGAAACGACUUUAAAGAUUCAGCAAAUUUUAAAGUUCACUUGAGAAACUGUUUUGAAACCUGAUACAGCAAAUGAUAAAUAAUUUGCUGGCUUGCUUGCUUUCAAUAUUUAUUUCUGUUUUAACUGAUUAAAGUGGUUAAAGAGUGUGUUUCAUCUUUGUCCCAUAGACUGGUUCAUUACAGUGACAGUGAAAGGUCACUGUGAUUAUUGUUAUUUUGUUGCUGU